CGUCACACCGGAAGAGCGCUCUUCCUCUCUUCCGCUCUUCCUCUCGCCCGGUUCGGUGCGUCUUUCCUUCCGGCUUGUCAGAGAAAGUUGAGGGAGGUUCAGCGGUACCGGGGCUUUUUCAUAAUGGACAGCCAGGGAAGGAAAGUUGUGGUCUGCGACAACGGAACCGGGUUUGUCAAGUGCGGCUAUGCCGGCUCCAACUUCCCAGAGCACAUCUUCCCUGCGCUGGUUGGGAGACCCAUCAUCCGCUCCACCGCCAAAGUGGGAAACAUUGAGAUCAAGGACCUGAUGGUGGGAGAUGAAGCCAGCGAGCUGCGCUCCAUGCUGGAGGUCAACUACCCCAUGGAGAACGGCAUCGUCAGGAACUGGGACGACAUGAAGCACCUGUGGGACUACACCUUCGGCCCGGAGAAGCUCAACAUCAACUCCCGCAACUGCAAGAUCCUGCUGACGGAGCCGCCCAUGAACCCCACCAAGAACCGGGAGAAGAUCAUCGAGGUGAUGUUUGAGACGUACCAGUUUGCAGGAGUCUACAUCGCCAUCCAGGCGGUGCUCACUCUGUACGCCCAAGGCCUUCUCACCGGCGUGGUGGUGGACUCGGGCGACGGCGUGACGCACAUCUGCCCCGUGUACGAGGGCUUCAGCCUGCCGCACCUCACCCGGCGCCUGGACAUCGCCGGCAGGGACAUCACCCGCUACCUCAUUAAGCUGCUGCUGCUGAGGGGCUACGCCUUCAACCACUCGGCAGACUUUGAGACGGUGCGCAUGAUGAAGGAGAAGCUGUGCUACGUGGGCUACAACAUCGAGCAGGAGCAGAAGCUGGCGCUGGAGACCACCGUGCUGGUGGAGUCGUACACGCUGCCAGAUGGCCGCGUCAUCAAGGUGGGCGGCGAGCGCUUCGAAGCCCCCGAGGCGCUCUUCCAGCCCCACCUCAUCAACGUGGAGGGCGUGGGCGUGGCCGAGCUGCUCUUUAACACCAUCCAGGCCGCGGACAUCGACACCAGGCCCGAGUUCUACAAACACAUCGUGCUGUCCGGGGGGUCCACCAUGUACCCGGGCCUGCCCUCCCGACUGGAGCGGGAGCUCAAGCAGCUGUACCUGGAGCGUGUGCUGAAGGGGGACGUGGACAAGCUCUCGAAAUUCAAGAUCCGGAUCGAGGACCCCCCCAGGCGGAAGCACAUGGUGUUCCUGGGUGGAGCGGUGCUCGCCGACAUCAUGAAAGACAAGGAUAACUUCUGGCUGACCCGGGAGGAGUACCAGGAGAAGGGAGUGCGCGUGCUGGAAAAACUCGGCGUCACCGUCAGAUAAAGCACUGGACGGACACCACCACACACACCUGCACCGCACACACAACACACGAAGUAUAUACCCAUGUGUCCCUCUUCUGUUCUGUUUUGGCUAAACGUGACGGGGAUCCAGCAUCCUCGUCCUCCUCGCUUCCUCCUCUCUGCUUCAGGACGUCCUCCCACUCAUUUCACCUCUGCUGACAAACCCAAACUCCGGCUGGCUGCUUUGGAGAUGUUUGCCCGAGAAUCACUUUGAUUUUUUUUCCCGACAAACUCCAGAGGGGAACACAGUCCCCGCGACGUUCCAAACUCCUCCGGUUGCUUCGUUUCCACGGCGAUCGCACCUCCACGUCUGUUCUGCAUAUUUUGAUAUGGCCGCCUGUUUUCUGGGAGUGGGAUGACUUUCUUCUGCUUUCCUUUGGAGCUCACGUCUCCACACUAAAAAGAUUGAGAUGUCUUUGUUUGGAUUGAAGCCCCCGGCUCGGCUCCGGGCCUGAGACGGUACUGGGGAGGGGUGUUGGCGGUGGCGGGACGUUAGCGGGAGUCAGUAUUUGCUCAGCCGGCCUCUUGACGUUGAAGCAAUACCUGUGCAGCGUUCCUCUGACGCGGAGGCCGCUUCCAUCCGGAACACUCUGAGGGUCAGAGGUUGACGAGACCACGUGAAGUUCUCCAGAGCGACUCCCCGCGGUCAGCUGAUGAUUACUGGAGGCACUUCCAUUUUGAAUAAAUGUGUAUAUUUUUUUCUCUGCUUUCCAUGAGCGUCUAUCCAGUGCCAAGUGCAGUUAAUGUUAACUGGAUCUAUCAUGUUUUAAUGUCUUUUCUUUUGUCACGGUUUGUUUUUAUUUUCCUGUGUUGUUCAUAGCAUAACUGCCUAACGCUGAUUUAAAUAAAGAAGUGAUUUAUAAGGA